AUGUACAGGGGUGGUCCAGAUGUCUUGUGGCCUCCCCCAUUACAUUUUUCUAAAACUUAAUAUUUUUUCGGAAGUUUUAUAUAUAUAAACGCAUAUGCAAAGGAAAUGCUUAAGGGCCCAAUUCAUUGGGGGGGCGGGUCACAAGACAUAUGAACCACCCUGUACUAUGCAUUAACCACGAUCGCAUUGUGCAAUUGAAUUUAACAAACGCAUGGAUCAUGUGUUGUAUGGAAUACAAUAAAUGGGUCCGCACGCCCUCCCUGUAUAAACUGUGAAUAACAAAGAGGCCGACGCGUGCGGGCUUCCGUAACUUAGCCGAACGCGUUUGCUAAAUAAAAAAAAUCGACUGCGAUUUGGAGCGCGAAAGCUUAAAUUUUAACUCUUAAAGGUAAACAAUGCCGCCAGCUACGGGGGUCGAUGAAAUGUACAUCGACAACAUCGACGAGUUCAUUGACGACGAGAGCAGAAUCGUCACGUACAAAUGGCUGAGCUACACUCUGCAGGUGCAUGUGAACACAGCAAAAAAAAUGCUGUGGGAGUUUGUGCGGCGCGCGAGAGAGGAGAAGCCCAAGGUUGCCCUGCACGUCACGUACCUUGUGUCGGGCGUCUCCACGCUGGACGGGCUGCCUUGUCACAAAGUAUCUGUGGUGAGAGAAGAAGAGCUGGAAAGCGCCAAGGCCCAGCUCUCCCUGCUCGCGAGCGUGCACGUGUACAGCGUGCAGCGAGCCCGCCUGCUCGACAGCGGCAUGCUCUACAUGGCCGACUAUGACAUCAUCCGCGACAACCUGCACCAGUCCAGCAGGUUUAGCAGCAUUCAAUACUCGCGGGGUGUCGCACGGAGCACGGAGGAGAUGCAGGCCCUGCGAUCUCAGGCGACCUCCGCCCAGGAGCCGUCUGACCCUCUCGACGGCCCCCUAGCUGCCCCGGCCGCACCCCCUGCUGCCACCAACGGUCAAUGCGCCCCUAAAGCCACCCCACGUGCUGCUCCACCCAAGGGCAUCAUGGGAAUGUUUGCUGGGAAGGGGGGUGGCAGCAAGGAAGGCAAAGUCAAGAAGGAAUCUCCUGCCCCAGAGCCAGUCAAGGAGAAGCCUGCAGCAGCCUCUGUUAAAGCUCCGGUGAAGGUCAGCAUAUUUGCGUCGGCAGCGAAAGCUAAACCCAAGGAAGAAAUCAAGACUGAGGUUAAGGCAUCUGUUUCAACGGAGGAGGAAAAACAGGCGAAAGUUGAUGACACACGUGGAAACAGCAGUGGGAGAGUCAAACGGCCAAAGGUGUCGGACAGCGAAGAUGAGGAAGAAGAAAAGGUGGUGGCGGCCGUGGAGUCGAAGCAUGCUGGCAAGAAGGGAGCGGGGAAUGCUGGGAAGAGGGCGGCUGCACGUGACGGCAAGAAGAGGGGUGCGUCGCCAGAGGCCAAAAAGCGCAAGAGAAUCCGACAGCCUGUGUCAGACAGCAGCAGCAGCGAUGACGACGACGACGACGACGAUAAUGAUGAAGAGCAGGAAGCCCCUUCCCCGCCAACCAUUGGAACUCCGCCUUUGCCUGAAGUGACUGAGCAUCAACAAGACAACAUCGGUUCAGAAAAAACAGAGCAGGAGGCCAACAAGUCUGGUGCGCGAAGGAAACGGCGUCGUGUUCUCAAAUCCAAGACCUUCUUGGAUGAGGAGGGAUCGAUGGUGACUGAGAAAGAUUGGGUGAGUGAGUCAUGUACAGACAGUGAGGGUGAAUUCCAACCAGCUACCAAGAAAGCACCAACAGUACCGCUUCCUCAGAAGGCCGCUCAGAAGAUGGAAGGCGGGAAGGGGAAAGACAAAAAGCCUUCUCAACAGAGCAAACUCGGAAAGCAAACAUCCAUCAUGGGCUUCUUCCAGAAGAAGUAACGUGCAGUGGAAUGGAUACUUCAUGCGAAUAGCGCUCGAAAUGGUGAGCGUGCGAGGCUGGGUGAGGCUGGGUGAUGUGCGGUGAGUGACUGAGGCUGGUUGAGGCUUUGUGAGGCUGUGUGAGUGACUGAGUGCCUGUUGAAGAAGCUGUGUGUGGUUGAGUGAGGCUGUGUGUGGCCGUGUGUUAGGCUGUAUAUGGCUGUGUGAGUGACUGAGUGCCUGUGAAGAAGCUGUGUGUGGUUGGGUGAGGCUGUGUGUGGCCAUGUGUUAGGCUGUGUAAGACUGGGUGAGGCUGGGUGAUGUGCGGUGAGUGACUGAGGUUGGGUGAGGCCGUGUGUGAGACUGUGUGAGGCUGGGUGAAGUUGGGUGAGUGACUGAGAGAGGCUGGAUGAGAUCGUGUGUGCCAGAUGAGGCGAGGUGAAGUCCGCGUGUGAGUCCAGGUGAGACGAUGUGAUGGUGUUUAUGAGGCUGUGUAAGACUGGGCGGGACAGUGUGAGGGAGACUGCCACGUACUGUUCAUUUUUAAGACUUGGUAAUGCAUAUGUCAUCGGCUGUGCUGCCAUUCACAUUAUCUUGUUUGUGUGUAAAUAAAAAGGAAGUGAUGAUGGCAACUGACGUGCAACGGUUUAUCGUACUUGAUCUUGAUGGAUUGUGGGUGAAAACAUCAAAUAAGCUUCUUCGUCCACGCGUUUGUCCCACUCGCAUGGGGUGUUCCGCUCUCCUUGCCAACUUUCUCCACGCUGCCCUGUCCUGCGCAAUCUCUGCUCCUCGGGCCACCAUGUCCGAUCGAAUAAGCAGCUGCAUCUCAUUAUAUCUGUUUUUGCAAUUGUUGAUGUUGGAUUAAUUCUACUGUUGUGAUGCACAUAAGCAUUUAUUUGGAGUUAACUAAACAUCGUACAGUUGUGUGGUUUUGCCGUGCAAAAAACUCCCAUCACGCACCGCAGUGUGGGAUUGAUUUAUAAUUAUUGUAUUCACAUGAGAGCAAGCAAUGCCGUGCCUAAUGUAACUCGCUUUGAAACUGUUGGAUUUGUGAUUCGCCAGGCCAGGACAACUUGUGGUGGGCUUUGGGGCACACUGAAUCCCCACUGGUUACAAAAUGAAUGUGUGAGAAGCUCCCGAAAGGAGUUCACAAGAUACCACCAUUCACUGUCUUUCCCUCUGUGAUUCAGCUUCCUUGACCUCAUUCAUCAUCAGCCAUGAUCAGUCCACUGCUGUCACCACCCUGCACAAUCCAGCGAUGCAGCAAUCCGUCUAGCACCAGCUCAAGUGUUGAUUCUUACCGCUGGUUUCAUCGCUCUAUCUCUCCCCCGGAUGUCCGAUUUGGACUCCUUAAUCACCACAUUUUUAAAAUACUCUUCACUCGCUGGCCCCUCCAAACACUAAAACUCUUUGAUGAAUCAUCUAAUCCACUCCCAAGAUCAACAGAGUUAAGAUUAAGGAUAAGGGAUUGGCAUUUGGUGAGUGCUUCAAUGCCUUGGUAUCUCAAUGCGAUUGGAAGCAAUAUAAUAUCAUGGCACAGGGUAUACCUCUGAAUGGGAGGGGUGGUGGAUGGAAUGUGGAGGGUAUAAAACAAAGAUAAGAUUACACCCACCUCCUUAAUCUUGAUAUUUUUUUUACAAACCUUAAAAGAGCCUCGAUACACAUUACGCAGCCUGCAGCAACGUGCCACAGCCAUGUGGAGAACAGUUAGUCCAACACGUUUGUAAGUGCCAACGGUCUGGCGCUCUGAUGUGUUUUUGGGUUGUAUUGCACAGUGUCCGACUUGCCCGACGUUUCGUUCCAAGUGCUAAGAGUUCAGUCGCCGAGCUAAACAGCGAAAACCUCUUGUCGUGUUACCGGGUUGAUUCCUACAGCAUUCUGAUCAUUUCUGUGUGUAUAAUCCACAUGUCUUCCUAUGGAUGAUGAUCAAGACACCAGUGUAGAAGAAAUGUUGCUUUGAAGGUUUGGGCCAUUUCAUUUUACAAAGCACAAUACCCUAAGGAAAUGCAUUGCAUAUGUGAAGUAGGUGCGUGUUAGAUGGUAGAUUGAGUCUGUAACUGAGGUUACUUAGCACACCACAAUUCUAAGCAGGACCCUGCUAAAUAAGUCUUGAGCUUCGGUGAAGCCAGAACUAAAGUUACAUUUGUAUUUUAUUUAGUACUUCCUCUCCUUGAAGUCAAGAGAGUGACGUACACCACGUUGUACGCUUUGAAACUCAAAUGUCAUGAAUGAUGGUUUGAGGGCCCUGUGGUUGGGCAUCAUUAUAAAGAGAACACUGAAUAUUGGUGACACGCUAACAGAAAAACACACCUGUGAUGUCUUUGCUGUUUUGCUGCACCGUGUGGUUAAAACACGAGUGGUCAAAAAUGUCGCAAGAUCGAGUAAACGCUGUGGCUGGUCGUAGAUUAAAAUAGUUGAUCUUAAGCAGUGAGCCUUUCAAGCAAGCGAGUAACAGAGAAAUAUUGUGUUUACUCGGGAGGCUGGUCGUUGCAGCCAAUUUCGAUGCUAGGCUGCGAUCCGUCAUAGUCGCGUGUGUUUUCGUUACUGAUAAUAAACGCCUCCGUUUACUAAA